GGAACAAGUGCAGAACAGGACAAUCGCUUCAGCAACAAGCAGAAGAAGCUGUUGAAGCAGUUGAAAUUUGCAGAAUGCUUAGAAAAGAAGGUGGACAUGAGCAAAGUAAAUCUGGAAGUAAUCAAACCAUGGAUAACAAAACGAGUAACAGAAAUCCUUGGAUUUGAAGAUGAUGUAGUAAUUGAAUUUAUAUUCAACCAGUUGGAAGUGAAGAAUCCAGAUUCCAAAAUGAUGCAAAUCAACCUGACUGGUUUUUUGAAUGGGAAAAAUGCUAGGGAGUUCAUGGGAGAACUGUGGCCACUGCUGUUAAGUGCACAAGAAAACAUUGCUGGUAUUCCAACUGCAUUUCUGGAACUGAAGAAAGAAGAAAUAAAACAGCGACAGAUAGAGCAAGAGAAACUGGCUUCUAUGAAGAAACAAGAUGAAGACAAGGAGAAGAGGGAUAAGGAAGACAAAGACAACAGGGAAAAAAGAGACAGAUCCAGGAGUCCAAGAAGACGCAAAUCAAGGUCUCCUUCCCCUCGAAGGAGGUCGUCGCCUGUCAGAAGAGAGCGGAAACGCAGCCAUUCUCGCUCCCCUCAUCACAGAACCAAGAGCCGUAGUGCUACUCCUGCACCAGAAAAGAAAGAGGCGACUCCUGAGCCAGAACCCUCUGUGAAACCAAAGGAGACUGUUGUUCAAGAGGCAACUUCAAACAAUGAUAUCCCAAAAGCUCCUAAACCUGAACCUCCUGUACCAGAGGCUAAGGAAACCUCACCAGAACGUAAUUCAAAGAAGGAGAGAGAGAAGGAGAAAGAGAAGACUCGUCAAAGAUCCCCAACUCGGUCCAAGUCAAGGUCAAGAUCUCGAUCACGUUCUCCAUCUCAUUCUCGGCCUAGAAGGCGUCAUAGAUCACGGUCGAGAAGGCGACCAAGCCCGAGACGACGGCCAUCUCCAAGGAGGAGGAGCCCUCCAAGGCGAAUGCCUCCCCCACCCAGACACAGAAGAAGCAGAUCCCCUGUGAGGCGGAGAAGACGGUCAUCAGCAUCCUUAUCUGGCAGUAGCUCUUCCUCCUCUUCCUCACGUUCCCGAUCACCACCAAAGAAACCACCUAAAAGAACUGUAUCCAGUCCUCCUCGUAAAACACGUAGGCUCUCUCCUUCUGCAAGCCCUCCUAGGCGGAGGCACAGACCAUCCCCACCAGCAAGUCCACCUCCAAAACCACGUAGGUCUCCAACACCCCAGCAGUCAAAUCGUGCAAGAAAAAGCCGUGGCUCUGUCUCGCCUGGCAGAGCAUCAGCACCCAAACGUAAGAGUACUGAGAAAAGAGAAUCUCCUUCGCCAGCGCCAAAACCAAGGAAAGCAGAACUGUCUGAAUCAGAAGAAGAUAAAGGAGGUAAAAUGGCUGCAGCAGACUCUGUUCAACAGAGGCGUCAGUACAGAAGGCAAAAUCAACAGUCUUCAUCCGAUUCUGGUUCUUCAUCUUCAUCUGAAGAGGAAAGACCUAAAAGAUCCAAUGUGAAGAAUGGGGAAGUUGGUAGACGUCGACGCCAUUCACAUUCACGCAGUCCAUCACCAUCUCCACGAAAACGACAGAAGGAAUCCUCCCCUCGCAGGAGGAGGAGAAGUCCAUCGCCCCCACCAGCCAGGCGGCGACGCUCUCCGUCACCUGCCCCUCCUCCUCGGCGGCGGCGGUCACCUUCAUUACCUCGUCGAAGGUCUCCAUCACCACCGCCACGCAGACGCUCACCUUCUCCACGGAGAUACUCUCCACCGAUACAGAGGCGAUAUUCUCCUUCUCCACCACCUAAGAGAAGAACAGCUUCUCCUCCUCCCCCACCUAAACGAAGGGCAUCACCUUCUCCACAGUCAAAACGCAGAGUCUCCCAUUCACCACCACCCAAACAAAGGAGCUCGCCAACUGCUAAAAGGCGUUCACCUUCGAUAUCUUCCAAGCACAGGAAGGGGUCUCCUCCCAGUAGGUCCAAUCGAGAAACACGUUCUCCACCACAAAACAAAAGGCAUUCACCUUCACCACGGCCUAGAGCUUCUCAUACCUCUGCAAGCCCACCGCCACCACGAAGGGGAGCUUCAGCUUCACCCCAGAGAAGACAGUCUCCAUCUCCAAGCACGAGACCCAUCAGGAGGGUGUCGAGAACGCCAGAACCUAAGAAGACAAAGGCUUCCACGCCGAGUCCACGGUCUGCGAGACGGGUGUCUUCAUCACGGUCUGCAUCAGGAUCACCUGAGGCAGCACCAAAAAAACAUCAAGGACCUCCAUCUCCUACUCGGUCUCGUUCUCCUUCUGCAAACUGGUCACCUGCAAAAAAGGCUAAAAGCCCGACGCAGAGCCCAUCACCUGCAAGGAAUUCGGAUCAAGAAGGGGGUGGAAAGAAGAAGAAGAAAAAGAAGGAUAAGAAGCAUAAAAAGGAUAAAAAGCACAAGAAACACAAAAAACAUAAGAAGGAGAAGGCUGCAGCGGCUGCAGCAGCUGCUGCUGUGGCUGCAGCAGAUACCACCUCAGUACAGGAAGACCAGGAAGCAGAGACAGAACCCAAAAAGGAGACAGAAAGUGAACCAGAAGACAACCUUGAUGAUCUAGAAAAACACCUGCGAGAGAAGGCACUGAGAUCGAUGAGGAAGGCGCAAGUGUCACCACCAUCCUAGGCUGAAUCCUUUGAUACAAUGUACAUUUUAUUUGGUUUGUACUCAGAAUUCAAUUUCAAAUUGCUAAAUGUGUUUGAGCUUUAGAAUAUAACAUUUGUUGUAAUAAUUGCUAGGUUGAGGUUCACCGUGUACAAAGGGCAUGGAUUUACAUUACAAAAGGUGUCCACAGUGUACUAGUGACAUUCUUUCAUUGACAGUCAACAUAAUUUCAUUUAGAGUGAGACUUUUUAGAAGCAGUAGGAAUUUGUUUUGAAGGUUUUAAACAUGACCGUCAAUUCCCUAGUUUCUUUGAAAUUCAACAAAGCCUUUAGCAUAAUUUGUGAGGGUCUCAUUUGACUUCUUUUGUAUCCACUUACAUUAUGCUACUAACCUUUGUGGUUUGUAAGCUCGCCCAGAAGUAAAACCACUGCAGAAUUACGAAGGAAGUACAUAUAUUUUAACGCUUUCUACUGUUGCCUGUAUAGUCUCCAUUAAAGCGAAUCAAGAAUAGCAAUUUAGAAUGGUACAUAAAUGAAAGCAUGUUGUUUACCAGGACACUGUGGGUUUAUAUUGAUGUAACAUGUUGAUUUGGAACACUGGAAUUUCAUUUGUAUUUUUAUGUUCUUUUUUUAAAGGGCAGUUUCCAUGAUCAGCAGUCCCAGAAAAAAAUUCCUUCAGUUACAUAAAUUUUGUUUGUGAGAUGUCGUUGCCCCAUUCAUAAAUCUUGUCUCGUUACGGUUCUUCUGGAUGGUAUAAGCAACUUUCAGAGAUGUGGUCUUUGAAAGUUUGAGGAACCUGAACUUUGGAUAUUGUCAUGUUUUCACUGUUUUUUGUUUUUGUUUUUUUUUUAACUAAAGCUAUAUAAAGCUUGUGGAUUAAACGAAAUAAAUUUCUAAAUUUAAACAGA